GCGCUCGGAUCUCGGAUCUCGAGACGGCGUUGGCAUCGGGAGGGAGGCGUGCCGCGGAAUCGAGCGAGGUAAUAUUCCCAAACAUCGGAGCAGAUGCACGCGGCUCCGGGCGUGAAAUGACCGUGGGAGUCAAAUCGAGUAUCGAUGCUACACUAUAAUCCUUAUCAAGAUGGCGGAUAUUAGUGCCAAACAAAUGGUCCAAAAAAGCGGUGCUAAAUUCGCAGCUGGAGCUGUGGUCUGCGUCGAAAGCGAGAUAAGAGGGGAUGUGACUAUAGGUCCAAGGACAGUGGUGCAUCCCAAAGCUCGCAUCGUAGCCGAGGCAGGGCCCAUUGUCAUCGGAGAGGGCAAUCUUAUCGAAGAGCAAGCGCUUAUCAUUAACGGGUACCCCGAGAACAUAAUGCCUGACGCAGAGGGCACGGAACCCAAGACGAUGACAAUUGGAACCAACAACGUCUUUGAAGUUGGAUGCGAAUCCCAGGCCCUGAAGAUUGGCGACAACAACGUCAUAGAGUCAAAAGCCGUGGUGGGCCGGAAUGUCAUCCUGACCAAUGGCUGUAUCGUUGGAGCCUGUUGCCAGGUGAACACUUGUGAGGUCAUCCCUGAGAACACGGUCAUCUACGGGUCGAACUGCAUGCGCUGGGUGCAGACCGAGAAGCCGCAGCCACAGAGCCUCCAGCUGGACUUCCUGAUGAAAAUCCUGCCCAAUUACCACCAUCUGAAGAAGACCGUCAAAGCCGGCUCCGCUCAUGUGAAAAACUGACUGACCCCAGCCGCCCGCCGUUGCCAUGGAGAAGCCGCAAAGUCCGCGGCUGUGCGAGAGGACGAGGGAACACCAGCGGCCCGCCACAGAAAAGUUCUGAUGUUUGAGCGGUGUUUGUAAAGUGUCCCCACUUGGAAGAUCAUUCCUCUCAUAUUGUCAUGACAAAUAUCUAUUCAUGAGAAAUGGUUAUUUUUUUCCUUUUUUUUUGUCACUUUACUGGCAUUAAUUUACAUCGUUAUUAAAAUUCCAAAUAAUGCUGCUAGAUUGUAUUGCACACUUCCCUUUAAUUCUCAUGUCAUUCCAGCCUUACAUGUCUUUCUGUAGGUUAAUUAAAUACGUUGUCAUUGAAAUUACACUUUAUGUAAACCAAUAAAAACCAAAAUGAAAAGCAUUCAUUUCAA